AGAAGUGCCACCUCUAGCACAUCUAUCAGCUGUUAAUUUACAGCCGCAUUUGUUAUUUAACCAUUUUGCUCGCCGAAAACCUAAAUUAGAAUGAAUAAUUGUAUUAAACUGGUGCCCAUGGCACUUCGAUGCCAGCAAAGGACUAUCAGCACUUCAUCCGUAUUAGAGGGCAAGCGGAACUUCCGUAAAUUCAAUGUUUACAACAAGAGAGGAACGCGCGUGGUAAAGGAAGCUCAAAAAACGAUGGCCAAUCCACCGGUGGCUAUUCACAAGCGCGGAGUACGCGACACGGGAAUAAUUGUAGACGGACAAUACGUGGAGAUCCCUGAGAAGAUUCCAGACAUAAUUGUGCCCGACCUCACAGACUGCAAGCUGAAGCCAUACGUGUCGUACAAGGCGCCGGAUGUUGUCCAGUCGGAGUUCACCAGUCUGGAUCUGUUCAACGCCGUCUAUUCGCAAAAGAUAAUUGAGGACUACAAGGCAGGCAACUUGAAGGCUGAUGGCAGCGCCAAGGAGCCCUCAGCAAAUGAGCAACUAACUCCGUCGGAGGCCUUGCAACGAGCCAGAAAGACCGGUAGCGAUAUUUUCUAGGCAUAGGUUUAUUAUUUCUUAAAUACAGAGUCUAAACUCAA